AUGUCCUUCCGCACCAUGACGCCGCUCCGAGCAGCCAGCCGGCAUACCUCAACCGCCUCCAAGACAGCCACCACCUCUUCCUCAACACCACCGCCGUCCUCGCGCACGCCCGCAUUCGCAUCCUCAAAGCCCGCACGGUCAAAGUCCACUCCCACUCCCACACCGGCGGCAAGCCGUACGCCCAUACCGCCCGUAUCCGGCACACCCCUCCCGGACGCCCCUUCCACAACCACCACCACCCCGUCCCCCAAUUCCCCCAACGGCGAAAACAGCACCGCCAACCCAAUAGACUGGGCAAACUCCUACCACGGCCUCGGCACGUCCGCCUUCGCGCCCGAGACGGCAGCCAUACUACAAGCACCCCUAGACGCCGACGACAUCGAGGUCAAGCCCGACGGCAUCAUCUACCUGCCCGAGAUCAAGUACCGGCGGAUCCUGAACGCGGCGUUCGGGCCCGGAGGGUGGGGGCUGGCGCCGCGGGGCGAGCUGGCGGUGCAGGACCGGCUUGUCACGCGGGAGUAUGCGCUCGUGGUGCAUGGGCGGUUCGUCUGGCCCUUCCCUGGUCCCUUCUGCCUCUUCUCCCCCGUCUCUCCACCUCAUACCCUAGACGCAUCCCUCUCGCCAUUCGUAGGCCAGGCCCGCGGCGAACAACAAUACUUCAGCGAGGACGGCGUGUCAACGGCGGCCGAGGGGUGCAAGUCGAACGCGCUGAUGCGGUGCUGCAAGGACCUGGGCAUCGCGUCGGAGCUUUGGGACCCGCGCUUCAUCCGCCGCUUCAUGAAGCAGCACGCCGUGCAGACGUGGGUCGAGCACGUCACCACCAAGAAGCGCAAGCAGAUCUGGCUGCGCAAGGACGACGAGGUGCGCUACCCGUUCAAGAAGACGUCGUAG